UUACGAUUAGUUGAAACUCAUUCCACUGAGUGUAGUAAUCAAUCAUCUUUUGUUUGUUCUUCAGUACUUUAGUGUGUGAUUUAAUUCCAAGAUUUUGAGAAUGUCUAGCUGUGGGUGUGGAAGUAGCUGCAACUGUGGCAGCAACUGCGGUUGCAACAAGUACUCUUUUGACUUGAGCUAUGUUGAGAAGACAACCACAGAGACUCUUGUUUUGGGUGUUGGGUCUGUGAAGGCCCAAUUGGAGGGUGCUGAAAUGGGUGUUGCAGCUGAGAACGGUGGCUGCAACUGUGGAUCAAGCUGCACCUGCGACCCAUGCAACUGCAAGUGAGGUCAAGAUUUAUAACCUUGAAGCAGAGAUAACUGUAAUAUAUGUAUCAACAAAUAAUAAGAAUUACGUGUUGUGUUUAAUAAAGUGAUCAUGGCUCGAAUUUGCAAAUUCAAAUGUUCUAGGAUAUUUGUUGCGAGUGUUUGAAGUAUGGUUGCUUAGUGUUUGGUUGGUCUAUCAUAAAUAUGUAAAUUUGAAUCAUCAAUCUCUGCUUAUAAAUGGACUACUUUUGGUGUUAUAUGAAUAAGAAGUUUGUUGGGUUACUUCAUUAA